UCAGGUGUGAUCAGUGUGGAGAGGGGUUCACAGGAACCUGGGCUUUGAAGACCCACAUGCUGGUUCACGGCGUUGAGAAGCCGUUCAUGUGCGACCUGUGCGGUAAGACGUUUUUCUACAACUGUCAGCUGCAGAAACACCAGCAGCUGGUCCACCACAACCAGGACAGGGUCCGAGGCGUGCCGGGCAGACGCAGGCCAACUGGGGUUAAGGCCUUCAGCUGUAAGAUCUGUCUCAAGAGCUUCAGCAGCAACAGCACACUGCGCACACACGAGAAGAGCCACGCCGAAAACAAAGAGUUCACCUGCGACACCUGCGGGAAGUCCUUCCACCUGCGACACCUGUACCUGUACCACCUGAGGCAGCAUAGCGGGGACAGGCCCUACGUCUGCACUGUCUGCCAGAAGGGCUUCCUGCUCAUGUCGCAGCUGAAGCAGCACGAGCUCCUGCACACCGGAGUCAAACCGCACAAGUGCGAACAAUGCGGGAAGGAGUUCCGGACUCCGCAGAACUUCCACCGCCACCUGCUGGUCCACACCGGGGAGAAGCCCUACGAGUGCACCGUGUGCAGCAGGAAGUUCCGCCAGUCCAACCAGCUCAAGUCUCACAUGCAGAUCCACACAGGGGUGAAGCUGUACGCCUGCGAGCGUUGCGGCCGCGGAUUCUCCGACUCCCGGCAGCUCAAGAAACACCACUGUGGAGACGACUUCCGGAGCUUUGAGUCCAGCAGCAAACGCAGGAAACAGAAGACCGUGUUCCCGUGGACUGAGAGCUUUAAUAACACCUAAAUGUUCCCUCUGAUCCUCUGAUUCUCUCUGAUGUUCACUACAGUGGUUAGCUUAGCUCAACAUAAAGACUGGAAACCUGAUGUUCUGUGUGUUCAAUAAAGUGGUUAGCUUAGCUUAUAGGGGUGUGAUUCUGUACCUUUCAGGACGAUCCAAUACCCAGAUACAUUACUGUGCUACGAUACGGUUCAAGGACAUUUUAAUAUGGAGCAACUGGAUAUGAUGCAGUCUGAUACAGUUCUUUACAUUUGUUUAAUGUAGACAUUUAUUUUCUGUUUUGGAUUGGACAAUUCUGCAUCUGGACUGGAAACAGAAGGUUGUGUUCCUUCACCUGAAUGCCCCCUGGAACUAUUUCUGUGUAUCCAUCCACCCAGGAUAAACAGAGACGUGAUUUAUUUUUAAUAUUUAAAACCAAAACUCUGUGAAGACCUGAUGAUAAAUAUUGUUUGUAGUUUGACCGUCUGUUGUUUUUUAAUGACUGAUUGUUUGUGGAAGGUAUUUAUCAGCUGUUUCCUUCAGUUUGACUCAAUCUCUGUUACCUUGGAGGAGAAUAGUUUAAUUUGUGCUCUUUUCAUAGGAACUACUUUCUGCUCAAGGAAUAGUCCCUCAGUGAAGUCUGUGGAGAGUUAACACCAUAAGUUCAACGCCUUGUAUUAAAGUUGUGUCCCAGUUCUCUACUGUGUAUUAAUACAGCAUAUUUAUACUGCAUAUAUUGAGCAUAGAAGAUUCAUGAGAUGAUAUAAAUAAACUUUUUAAUUAUAAUUA